GGGUCCUCCCCGCCCGCGUUACACCAAGACGUCGUCAACUCAAGACAAUACUGCAACGCGCAGGCUCGGGACGCUGCGUCCCUCUUUUUUUCAAACGCUAAAAGCGCGUGUUGUCGCCCAGAAAGACCAGGCAAGCAGGCGGGAUAUGCAUGCGCGGUAGGCCUGCAACUCAAGGCUCGACAUCGAGGGCCGUCGCUCCGAGCCCAACAACUGCGCUGCAGCUCACCGCGUACCACCGCGAACACACCCAAGUAUGACGAGCCACGCCCUUCCGCGCCCGUCGCGCCCGUCGAUCGCGCCGCCGACGGGUCCACUGCCCUCGCUACCAGUCGCAAAGUCGCGCGUUUCAAAUGUGGGAUCCGCUUCGCGAUCACCACCAGGCUCGCUGCUGCCCUCCCGAGCCAACAACAGCAGGGCUGUUUCCUCCCCUCAGCGCCCUGUGACGAGGGGCCACACCAGUUCCACCUCCAACGUCCCAACCAUCCCGACUCUGACCGCUACCGAAUCGCCCGCAGGUCCUCUGCCGCCCGGGAAAACGCUGCGCAAAACGGUCAGCAUCGGCGCGUUUCCCCAACCCCCAAAACAUGCCAGCAGGCUAGGAAGCCACCCGCCCAGCCCUCUGUCGGCCAGCUCGACCCCCAACGGUGAAACUGUGGAUUCGAGGAUUGCACCCGGUUUCAAGCCCCCAAUCUCACCAGCCAGGAGGACCAGUCUUAAAAAGACCGCGCCGCGGGUCUCGAAUGUCGGCGGUCGCAGCCUCAUAGGGAAGUCACCGCUUUCCCCACCAAGCCUGCUCAACGGCAGCGGCGAGUCGCUUGCCGUCGACGGAAACCAUUUAAGCCUGCCAUCGCCGCCCCAAAGCCGAAACUCAUCCGCCCAAGGAUCGUACGCGACAAGCGCAACCACGUUCGAGGACAUCGGAGACGAAGACGCACGAAGUCACCCAGGUGCGAGCAUUAUGCCAGACGAUAACGCGACACAGAAAGAUGGGAAGGGCAACGUCAUAGUCAGUGUGCGAGUGCGGCCUGACGCUGGCGCCAAAGACAGCAAGCAAGAGACAGAGUGGGAAGUGAGCAACAAGAAGGCGCUCAUCUCUUAUAGAGGUCGUGAUGGCGGGGAUCACUACUAUGACAACGUAUUUGAUACCCAAGACAACAAUGCCCGCGUGUACGAUGCAGCUGCGAAACGACUGGUUCGCCGGGUUAUGGAGGGCUACCACGGCACCGUAUUCGCCUAUGGUAUGACCGGCACGGGCAAGACCUUUUCUAUGCAAGGAACUGCAACGAACCCUGGUGUGAUUCCAUUGGCCAUUACCGACAUCUUCUCCUACAUUCGUGAGACACCACACCGAGAAUUUCUUCUUCGCGUCAGCUACCUGGAAAUCUACAACGAAAAGAUUCACGAUCUACUUGCUGGGCCUAUUGUGGGUGCAAAUGGCCAACCCGGAGCUCAGGAGGAAAUCAAGUUGAGAGAGGACAGCAAGCGCGGUGUUUAUGCGACACCGCUCAAGGAGGAGAUUGUGCAAAGCCCAACGCAGCUGCUGAGAGUUAUUGCGCGUGGUGACAAUGCACGACGAGUGGCAGGAACGCAGUUCAACGCAAGGAGUUCGCGAAGUCACGCCGUCGUUCAAAUCGUCGUGGAAAGCCGGGAGCGCGGUGCUGCCGGAACCUUCAAAGAGUCUAAGCGGACGCCCAUCACGCCUGGUGGUGUUCGUGUCUCUACACUGAGCCUCAUUGACUUGGCUGGAUCUGAAAAGGCCGCCGACAACAAGGAGAGGCGGACAGAAGGGUCUCAUAUCAACAAAAGUCUGCUCACUCUUGGAACAGUAAUCGCGCGGUUAUCUGGUGACAAGGAUAAGGCGAUAUCGGACAAGGACAAGUCUAGCAAAGAGAAGCACUUGCCGUAUCGGGACAGCAAACUCACACGCCUCCUACAAGGUGCUCUCUCGGGUGGUUCUCUUGUCAGCAUCCUGUGCACCAUCCAGAUUGGCGCAAGCGGUAGCAUCGCUGCAACCAAUACGCACGUCGGAGAGACACUGAGCACGCUGAAGUUUGCAUCGCGCGCCAAGAACAACAUAGUCAGCCACGCGAAGAAGGCGGAAGAGUCGCUUGGCGCUGCUGGCGAUGCCGGAAGCCGAGCACUUCUCGAUCGAUAUCGUCUGGAGAUUGAAGAGCUUAGGAAGCAACUCGAAGAGAAGAAGAAGGCAGAGGAGACUCAGUCAGAACCCCCAGAGCAAGAGAAGGACGAAGAAGAGGAAAAGGCACGAGAGCUAGAAGACAGAUAUCGUCGUGAAGAGCAGAUGGUGGAGAUGCAAAUCGCGAGGACGGCGCUCAAGGAACGAAUUGACCACCUGAACCGGUUGAUUCUGAGUUCCAAGUCACUGGGUGUCAACAACAGUCGAUCAUUUUCAUCGAUGAGCCUCCAACGGGGAUCAACGGUCAGCGACUUUCGGCCCGUAUCAGUUCGGUCGUCAGCAAGCCACGCCACGCUCGAAGUCCCGAAAAGAGGCUCUCAAACCACCCUUUCGGCGGUCCCUAUGGAUAGGGAUGAGGAUGAGGACUCGCUUGGUGAUAACGGCGAUGGCACCGCAAGCCAGUCUGCGCAAAUCCACUCACUGCAGAGCGAUCUCGCCGACAAGAACCGAUACAUAGCGACCCUGGAGAAGAGGCUACUGCAAGCGCGGAGAACCAGCCAUUCUCGCGUGUCCAUGUCGCUCUCGCAGAAAGUGGGCGGUAGUAGCGAGGAGGGUGGCCUCCUAUCGACCAUCGCAGAGAAGGAUGCCGAGAUAUCCAACCUGCGAGCACAGUUAGAGGACAAGGAGCGUAUGAUUGCGGCUCUUACGUCGGCGCGUAAAAAGAACGAGGCAGCACAAGAUCUUGGCAGCGAGGGGUCACCAGGAAGCAGAAGAACAUCGCAGCAGCGCAGCGAUGGCGGCAGCGGCAGCGGACCCGUAAGAGGGUCACCGGUGGCGACCAGCCCGAGAGCGUUCUCCAUGACCUCAGCUGUGGCGGAGCGGCACGUGGGCACUGCCAGCCCGAGAACGCUCUCUCUGACUUCGGCCAGACCAGAGCGCAACGCGCAGCAAGAAAUCGAUAAAUUGCUCGAGCAAUUGAUGAAGCCGAAUGAGAUGCGGCGCGGCAGUGCUGAGGGAAUACGACGUAGCAGCCUACCAGGGGAUGCAAAUGCUAUCGGGGCCCAACGACGAAGCAGUCUUCGUCCGGUCAAUGAGCUGUGAGCUCUCGAGUGAGACGCGCUGAUGUAGCACGACGCUCGGAACGCAAGGGCGUGCAGCGCAUGCAUACGACUGAACGACGCUUCAUGUUGCUACCACCGAAGAGGCAAAUGGUUGUAAGACAUGCGGAG